ACGCUUAGCCCCGUAAUGCCUGGCAGCCCCUCCGGCUGCUCCGUGCAGGCUGAGCCCAGCCUAGAGUCUGCGGCGGGAGAAGCGAGGGAUCCACGGCUGGCUGGCAGUGCUGUGCUGCUGGAGAAGCACUCAUCGAUGGCCGAGAGCUCAGCUGUGGCUGCAGCAGCAGCAGCAGGAGGGACAGCGGCACCAACCAUGCUAGAGGAGCUCCUGGAGAUCACAGCUCAGAGCCUGGUGCGCACCGAGGUGGCUGAGCACUAUGAGGUUAUUCGGGAGCUGGGCAGGGGCAAGUAUGGCCACGUGAUGCUAGUGACCCACAGGCAGAGAGGGACUCCUAUGGCUCUCAAGCUGCUACCCAAAGCCAGUACCAAGCUGCACACCUUCCUGUAUGAGUAUUGUGUGGCACUCUCCCUCGCCACCCACCCUGCCAUCAUUGGCAUGUUUGGAAUUGCCAUCGAGUCCAGUCAGUACUAUGGCUUCCUCUAUGAACCAGCACUGCACAAAGACCUCAUCUCUAUCAUCAAACCCCGGGAUGGGAUCCCCGAGCCAGCCGCAAAGCAGUGUGCCAAGCAGCUUGUGAGUGCGCUGGAGUUCAUCCACAGCCGAGGGCUCGUGUACCGUGACAUCAAGCCUGAGAAUGUGCUGCUUUUUGAUCCCGAGUGUCGGCGCAUCAAGCUGACUGACUUCGGGCUUACACGGCCCAAGGGUACCAAGCUCAAGCUGGUGGCUGGGGUAAUCCCCUAUACCGCCCCAGAGCUGAGCAACACCGCUGAUGCCCAGGGGGUGCCCAUUGACAGCAGCUUGGAUGCCUGGGCCUUUGGCGUGCUGCUCUUCUGCCUGCUGACUGGCUACUUCCCCUGGGAGCAGAGCCUGCCAGAUGACCCUUUCUUUGAGGACUUCAUGCAGUGGCAGGAGACAGGCCUGGAAGAGGACCUGCCCCGCCACUGGAAACGCCUGACAGCCGAGGCUGCCCUGAUGCUGCGGAGCCUGCUAGCCCUAGAUCCUGCCAAGCGUUGCCCUGUCAGUGGAGUGCUGCGCUAUGUCGAUUGCCCUUGGCGGCUGGAGGAUGGCAACAGCCAGGAGACUGCAGUGAAGCCCUAGAGCCUGCUCCCCAUAGGGGCAAGAUGGCAGGUCUCUCCCUGCAAGGGACUUCAGAGUCUGGGGCACCAUGGUGGACUGGGUGUGAGAGGCAAUGGUGAUCCAGAGAGCAACUUCUCUGCUGCCAUGGAGCCAAGCUCCUUCUCCAGCUGAUGGUCCUGACCGCAUGGUUCAGUGCUGCCCAGUGCCACCUCCUUGUGCUCCCUUGGGGCUUGAAAAUAUCUUUCUUUUGGAAAUAACUGUCUGCGUGUGAAGCACCCACUCACUUCCUGGCCACAGGGACUCCAGGGUGUUUUCUAGGUGCUGCAGCACCUGCCUUGUCUCAAAAUAGAGCAAAAUAUGUACUUUUG